CUGUUGCUCUCACUCUUCGUUAAGGACAGGAAGUGUUGCGUCUAUAAGACAGAAUGUGUGUUUGACAGCGUGUCAUUAAUAGAUCAGUAUGGAGCUCAGUUCACUUCCUCUAAUGCUCUUGCUGAUUUCAAACAUCCAGCCUGGACAAACUAAAGAGAGCCUAAAGCCUGUAGUGAUUAUAGAGCCUGACAAAAAUGAAACCGUCACUGUCAGAUGUAAAAUACCAGGAAAUGAAGACGACUGGACAUACAGCUGGUUUACAGAUGGAUUAUCUCAGCCCUUCAGCACUGGCAGAGAAUUCCGCUUCAAAAUUGAGGUAUCUGACAGCAGUAACAUCACCUGUAGAGGACAGAGAAAAAGUGACAGACAGAAGUCAGAGUUCAGUGACGCUGUUACACUGACUGUGUCAUUUCUUCCAGAGACACCUAAACCUGUUCUGACUGUUCAGCCUGAACCAUCACAGAUAUUCAGAGGAGAGACUGUCACUCUCACAUGUGACAUACAGGGGGAAGGAUGGACAUACAGAUGGCAGUGUGGAGAUACAGCGCACACCUCUGAAGAGAAAGAGCUCAAGAUCACUGUACAGAUCAAACAGAUGUGCAGGUGUUACAGCUGCAGAGGAUCAGACUGCUCUAAAAAGAGUGAUGCAGUGAUUCUGACUGUGUUUGAUAAACCCAGAGUGACUGUGAAGCCCCAGAGUUCAGUGUUCACUGGAGACACAGUUACUCUGAGCUGUGAUGUGCGACGCUCAACUGGACUGAUGAUUACCUGGUACAAAAACUUUGUGAGAUUAAAAUCUGAUGCUGAAACAGAAACACUGAGAGACGUGAGUCUCUCUGAUAGAGGAGAGUACUGGUGUGGUGUACAAAGAGAAAACAAGGCCACAACACAAGGUCAAAGAGUCAAGCUAACAGUAAGAGAGAGACCCAAAGCUGUAGUGCGUGUUCAGCCUGAUGGACGAGCGUUCAGAGGACAGACGGUCACUCUCACAUGUACCAUACAGGAGACAGACGUCACUAGCUGGAGCUACACCUGGAAGAAAGAUGAUUCAGUGAUUCAUGAGAGUCAAUCAUGGGAAUACAGAAUCAGUUCUGUUAAUGAAUCUCACACAGGUCAUUACAGCUGUAGAGGAAAUGAGACGGACGGAUCACGAUACUCACACACCAGUGAUGAAGUUACACUGACGCUAUCAGAUAAACCCAGAGUGACUGUGAAGCCCCAGAGUUCAGUGUUCACUGGAGACACAGUUACUCUGAGCUGUGAUGUGCGACGCUCAACUGGACUGAGGAUUAUCUGGUACAAAAACUUUGUGAUAUUAAAAUCUGAUGCUGAAACAGAAACACUGAGAGACGUGAGUCUCUCUGAUGGAGGAGAGUACUGGUGUGGUGUACAAAGAGCCACAACACAAGGUCAAAGAGUCAAGCUAACAGUAAGAGAGAGACCCAAAGCUGUAGUGCGUGUUCAGCCUGAUGGACGAGUGUUCAGAGGACAGACGGUCACUUUCACAUGUGACAUACAGGAGACAGACGUCACUAGCUGGAGCUACACCUGGAAGAAAGAUGAUUCAGUGAUUCAUGAGAGUCAAUCACAGGAAUACAGAAUCAGUUCUGUUAAUGAAUCCCACACAGGUCAUUACAGCUGUAGAGGAAAUGAGACGGACGGAUCACGAUACUCACACACCAGUGAUGAAGUUACACUGACGCUAUCAGGAAAACGCUGUACAAUAACUUCACUCCAAGGGUCAGUCGAGGCAGAGGCUGUGGCGUGCAGAACGGUGGCGUGGCACCGGGUGGCGCAGGGCUACAGCGGGUAUCAGAGAACAAGGAUAAUCCAACCCAGAGAACAGGGCACACGACGAAAGUCCAGAAUCCAAAAACCAGGAAGCAACACACAGAGAACACGACAACGGGAACAGCCUGCAACGAACUGACAAAGACCACAUAAAGACACGCACAAUAUAUAACAACCACUAACAAGACACGGCUGGCAACAGAUCGCAAUCAGACCAUAACGGGUGACGCCCACACAAUCAUUCACUCACACCCAAACACACACACACACAGCACACGAGGGUGAGUAAGUGAAUCCAUGAACCGUGACAAAGGAUGAAGAAGUUCAGAUAAAUAGACAGGAGCUUUGUUAUGUAGGGAUUUAUAAACGAAGAGGAGAAUUUUAAAGUCUAUUCUCUGACAAAUCGGCAACCAGUGAAGGGAUCUAAGAAUUGGAGUGAUGUGUUCAUGUUUACGACACUUUAAAAGAAGUCUGGCUGCAGCAUUUUGGACAAGCUGAAGUUGCGCAAUUUGAGAUUUAGAUAUACCGCAAUAUAAAGAAUUGAGAUUAGUGUGAGAUCAGUGUAUCAUUUUUAUACUUUAACAAAACAACAAGUGCUAUUAAAACUCUUUAAAAUAAUGUGUACAUUGAAGAAUAAUUGUAUGAUGCUUUUAAGUUUGAAAUAUGAGUGAUGAACAGUGACAAACAUGACUGAUUAUGGUAAAUAAACGUUGGUUUAAAAGUUGGAUCAAAUUUGAGCUCUACACCAGAAAUCAGAGGGAUUUAAAAAUAUAUCUAUAUAUAUCUCUAUUUAAGGGAUUAAAAGGUAUAAGCAGACGAAAAGUAAAAUCUGAGCAGUUGGUGGCGCUAGAGGGUACAUUAUUUUUAUUUAUUAUAGAUCUAACAAGUUUUGAUGAUCAUGGAAUUAUUUGG